AUGUCCGAACCCGACGUGCCUUUCAAAGUGAAAGCAAUCUUUGACUACAAAUCCGAGUACGAGGACGAUUUGAACUUUGAUGCCGGUCAAAUUAUCACAAUUACAUCAAUUGAGAAUGAUGAGUGGUAUUCUGGGGAAUACAAUGGCAAAGAAGGAAUGUUUCCCAAGAAUUUUGUUGAAGUGUUGGUUGCUCCCGUUGUUCCCGCCCUGAAUAGACCAACCAAAAAGCAAGAGCUAGUAUCUGAUACGAAAGGGCCAACUCAGGUAAGUUCGCCAUCAGCCGAAAACGUAUCUGUCCGUCAUAUUGAGAAUAAACCUGAGAGUGGUGAGCCUUUUCAAAAUAACCCACAAUCACUGCCCACUUCGGCAACAAAACAAAGCCCUACUGCAGGAAAAGUCCCACUUCCUCAGACAUUUGCUUCAAAGCCAAAGGACCCUUACAGUAUCAAGAAACAGUUCGUAGCUGCCCCUACAUCAACGUAUGUCCCCAAGAUUCAACCAAGAGAUGAGUCUAAUUUAGUUGCCCAUCCAGUCCAUGAAACCAAGCAUCUGGAAGAUAUUGUCAAGAGCACUCCUCAGGGUGAGCAUGAACAAGAAGAGGAUGAUGCUGGACCCAAGGUUUCUUUGAAGGAGCGUAUCGCUUUGCUUCAAAAGAAGCAACAAGAAGAAGCCGAACGUGAAGCUGCCGCAUUAAAGAGGAAAGAGGAAAAGAAGAAGAAGCAAGCGGAAGAAAAGGAGCGAUUGAAGCAUUUGAGGGAACAGAAAAGUGGAGAACAACAUAUCGCAACAGAGGAAGUUCACGAAGGUGCAGAACCUUCAGGUCCUGGAGGUGAAUACAAUGCAAGUGGCGGCGCUGAACAUCAAUCUACUGAGGAAUUGCAUGCACAAGUUCUGGGCAAUGAAGUACCACAGAAUGAUAAUGGCGAGGAAUUUGUAAACCCUCCAUCAAGUCCUGGUGCUGAUGAUGCGCCCGCAGAAGAAGACAAGGAUAUAGAAGAAGAGGAAGGGGACGAUGAGGAAGACGACGAAGAGUUGAAACGUAGAAGACUUGUCGAGAGGAUGGCAAAGAUCUCUGGCGGAAGAAAUAUGUUUGGUAUGAUGGGAAUGGCUACACCAUUUGGAGCUCCAGGAACUGGCCAAGCAACAAAGAAUCCAAAAGCUGCAAAAGACGAGGUUGAUGCAACUGGCUUGUCAGAAAGCAAAAAGGACGUGCCAUCGAGAGAUUUAGAACCGUCAUCGCCACGUAGAGGUGCACCGACAUCUCCACCAGCACCACCAGUGUCUCCACCAGCACCUACAUCUGCUCCUACCGUUCCCGGUUCCGAGCCAACGAAGCAUGAUCCAGCCCCCACAUUGGAUCCAACAGCAGGUGCUCACCCAACUAUCCCUGUAAGUCGUCCUAAGGCUUUCGAUGAGUCAAAGAUUAGUCACGAAAGCUCUUCAAUGGCUGAAGAUGACGAGCCUUCUGACUCAGACCAGGCGGAGUUUAUUACUCAAACGGAUAUCGACAAACAGGAACAACGUCAUCACGAAAGAGCUUCUGAUAGUGAAGACCACGCAAAUACAAUCACGCUCCAAAAGCACCGUCCAUUCGAUGGCGAGGCCACCGGCUAUGAAGCUGAUGAGGACUUGUCUGAUUUGUCCAAACCGCAAGAUCACCGGUUGUCUGGUUCACAUCAACGUCGUGAAGCGGAGUUUAGUGAACCUGAGGGCCAUGGAGCAAAUGAAAUUAAUCCAGCGGGGUCUCGUGGACAAUUGCAAGAUGAGCAAGCUCCGCCAAUUCCUCAGAGACAUGGUUCUCAAAAGAGUACUGAUAGAAGUAGGCCACCCCCACCCAUGCCACCAAUUCCAGGAUCCAUGCCACCUCCUGUUGAUCGCGAGGUAAAGGCAGAGCGUCGAAGAUCACACCCUGCACCACCCCCACCUCCACCGUCUGCACCACCUCAGCAACGUGCUCAUAUUCCUGUUUCUCCUUCACUGUUGGCGGGUGAGAAACACAGGGACGUGGUCGAUAGCAGCUCUGAAGAAGAAGAGGGAGAUGAUAAUGCCUUUGAGUUGGUUGAUAAACCACCUCAUCAUUCUGCACCACAGAGAGCCCAUACUGUGUCGUCUGGUGAGACCCGAGCUCACCCCAGAAGUGCCCCACCUCCAAUUCCUGGCAGUGUUCCUCCGCCACCGAUCCAGGGAAGUGUGCCACCCCCGCCUGUGCCAGGGGCAGGCCCACCGCCCCCUUCAAUUCCAGUAGGUGAACCUCCAAAAAGAGCACUGACAGAAGUUCCACCUUUGAUGCAAACGUCAACAGGCGCAUCGGUUGGAUCAGUUCCAGGCAGGAAGUCAACGGAUUCAAUGUCGAGAUCAAGGUCACUCAAGGGAAGUGGAAGAGAUCGAAGCCAAGCGGAAAUUACCUUGGAGCAAUUGGAGUUUGAGAUUGCCAAUAUCAAGUCGACAUCUACUUGGUGGUUAAAGAAUGAAUUGCCCGAGUCAUUGGUCACUAAAAUUGGCGUUGACUUAAUUUAUGAAGUUGAUACCAACAAGAUUCACAAACGUGGAGGCAGAACUACCAUCUAUCGUGACUAUUAUGUUCUCUUUUACGAUUUGUCACAAUUGGUGUUUGAGUUGGAGUUUGAUGAAAGUGAUCCUAGAAAUACCAUACGUUUAGUUAAUCAGUUCAUCAAACCUUACCCAGCCAUUCGCAAAGAUUAUUUAGAAAAUAAUCAUCGUGAAUUUGGUUCUGAAAUUGUCAAUACAGCUGCUCAUUAUCUUGGAUCCAAAUUGGAUAGCAAUUUCAUUAUGCACAUUUCCCAAAACCCUCAAUUGAAAUCAAAGUUAUUACCACCAAUUGGUAAUAAAUCAUAUGGAGUUACCAUUUACAAGAAUUUCAAUAAUUCCAAUGUUUCUAAAAUUGACGAUAUUAAAGCAGGUGAUAUUUUGUGGAUCAAGAAUGGCAAGUUUAGUACACACAAGGGUAUCAUUGGUAGUAAGUCAGUCACUGUUGGUGAUGGACCCGAUAACGGUACGUGCGCAGGAGUUAUUUAUGAUUUUGAUCCCAAAAAGGAGAAAUUCAAAGUUAUCGAACAAGAUGCUUCUGGUCACAUUAAAAAGGAAUCGUACAAGAUUGGUGAGUUCAAGAGUGGUAAAAUAAGAGUUUUCAGACCAGUUUCUAGACAGUAUGUAGAUUGGUAG